AUGUCGCAGCAGAACGAAACGGCGACAUCAUCUUUGUCUUCCCAUCAAACACCCAGGGCAGAAAAAACAGGCAACGCCGGUCGUUCAUCGAGAAAGCAAGCGAAGGAACAAUCACCGUGGAAUAUGCGGGGGAAAUUCCGUGAUAUGCAAGAACAAUUGAAAGCAGCACAGAGUAAAUUGAAUGAUCUGAUGGAAUCGCGCAAGGAAAUGGAAGCCUUGCUGGACACGCGUGAUUCGGAAAUCCAAAACAAUCUUCAACGAGAAAUUGAGCUCAAGGCAGAAAUCCAGUCUAUGGAACGAUUGCAUUCCCAAGAACUUGAAAACAUCAGCUCAAAGCAACGCAUUCAUCGCCAAGAACUGCAAGAUAAAAGCAUUAUUCACAAACGGCACAUCACUAAUAUAGAAAUCGAUGUCGAAGAUUUACGACGUAAAGUGGAAGUGCAACAAAAGAAAUUGGAUGUUAAAGUGGCCGAGAACGAUAUAUUGAGGGAUACGAUCUCCCAAACCACCAAGGCUUUCACCGAGGUGCAAAAGGAACUAGAGGUUUUGAAAAAGCGACAAAAGGAAAAUGAUUUUUCGAUGGCUGAUCUUGAUAAAGCCAUUGAAGAAAAGACCCGGCACCUUCAAAAGAUCCAGUCACAAGUCAACGUGUUGCGUGGAAAACUACGAAAAGAAGAGAUCGCACGAAAUCGCUUACAAGGCAUCAUCCAAGAACUUGAGCGCAGUCGCAGGAAGCAUCCUCUCUUGCCGUAA